CGUUUUCUUGUAUAAUGGCAUCAAUUGUCGCGUUGUCGAUAUGCCGGGUUUCAGUGAUGUGAGAAAGGAUGGCCAGAAGGCCAUCAACGACUCCACCAUACACCGAUGGAUUCUCGAGCAAGUUAGCAAGAGUGAAGUUGUUGGCGUUGUCAUGUUUGUCACUCAAGAUGACGUGCUGAACUCUCGACUUAGUAGAGAAGUCAUCGCCCUCAUGGAAAUCAUGACUACUCGAUUUGUUGGAUACGAAUCCAUGUGCUUCUAUGCUAUUUCUGGUCGAAGCAUGCCUGGAGAUAUGCAUGAAUUUAUCCGCAUGUCUCUGGGUGUCGUUGCUUCCGGAAAGCUCCGCGUUAUGGGCUUGAGUUCCGACAACUGGGCUCGCUGCAAGAACAAGGACUUUUCCAGGGUCAAAAGCUGGUGUUUGCAGAGGCUCCAGAGCCCUGAGCCACGCCUCGUUCCCAGAGUAACCACAGACACCUGCAAGCGCUGUGGAAUCAAGGCCGACCCCCUCAUCGAAAUUAGUCAAUGCCGACAUCACGGAGAACCUGGGAAGAUGAUACACUAUGGAGCAACUCAACUGCAGCACCGUUUUACCAUAUCCACUUCCCAUGAAGGGCGCUGGAUAGGUCGAGUGUUUCGAAAGGGGGAAUGGACAUGCUGUGGAAAGAGAUAUAUCUCAUCCAGUUGCUACGGCAAGUUCAGAUGCUGUAAUGGAUCAUCUUCUAGCUAUGGCUGCGCAGAAUACUGCUCAACCUGUGGUCGAGAGACGAAACAAGUGGGCUGCAAGCCCACAUGUCGCAACUGUUCGAAUCAGUUGAUCCAUAUUGGCUGUCUAACAAAAGACAAGCAUGAUUGGGCCCUUGGCUUGGAUCAAAAUCAUGCUGUUUUGACCAAACAUAUCAGUGCCAUCGACAUUCAAGAAAAAGAUGUUUCUGAAUGGAGCGAUAGGCUUGAUCGUAUAUCGGCCACAGACCAUCAGUCGAUGUAUCAAUUGUUUGGUGAAAUUGUUAAUUCAUCUUGAGCCACAUAAUCGCAUUUUUAGAUAUUCGAUAUUGCUAUUGAUUGAUCAGUUUCACUUGACCUUGACCUCAAACGAGCUUUCAUGAGACUUGAAUCAGUCACUCAACGCACCACACACUCGCAAGCUGCGCGUAAUCCAC